AUGUUCGUUCCCAAACUCUUACUCCUAUUCCUCCCAUUUCUCUUAUCCGUAUCAGCCAUCCCAGGUCUAUUCUCCUCCGAUGACUCUUCCUCUUCCUCUUCUUCCUCCUCCUCUUCUUCUUCUUCAAGUGACACCUCUUCAACCUCCACAUCAAGCGAGACAGAGGAAGUCGCAUUCCUCCAAACCCUCCAGGCAGCCCAAGUCUCCUCGAUGUCAUGUCUUAUAACCCUCGUCAACCUCACAUCCUCCCCCGUAGGAUCAUGCCUAGGUCUGACUGACCUCGCUUCACUCAUUUCCAACCCUCAGCAAAACACUUCGUUCUCCACUCAACUCGAUACAUACCUCGAUAAUGUCUGUUCGCAAAGUUGUUCGGACCAAGAUCUGAAUGAUGCAAAAGGGCAGAUUGAGGGUUCUUGCGAUACUUCAUAUGGACUUAUAAGUGUCUUGAAUAAGGUGAUUGAGAGGUAUAGUAGUAGUUAUAAGACUGUGGCUUGUCAGGUUUACUUCAACGGCACAUCCGAUCUUUGUUUACCUUCUGUCCUAAAUACCACAGAUCAAGCGAACAAUAACAAUUUCUUCGAUUCAUUGGUCACAGGAACCAAUCUAGAUCAAUUUACUGAUUCAGUGUUUAAGGGUGCUAAAUGUACGGGAUGUAUGUAUGAGUUGUUCAAAGCCGCCCAAUAUACGAUUCCCGAUAUUCGAGGUCAUGACCUGACCAACCUCCUCGCUUCUCACCUUAAGAACGAUUGUCCUAACGAUCCUUCCAAUCCGGGCGAUAUCAAUUGGGAUGAUGUGGAUAAUCAGCAGAUACCUAAUUCUCUACAGGUCAGUCAGAAUACUAAUCCUAAUGGAGGAUCCGGGAAGUCGUCAAGUGGAUAUAGAGUUAAUGAGAUAGGACUGGGAAUGGGAAGCAUCGUGGAAGGGUUAGUUUUAUUGGUAGGAAUAGUUUAUUGGUUCUAG